AUGAUUAGAUUUCUUCUUCUAUGUAUAUUUCAUAUAUCUAUUUGUGUUAUAAAGAAAUCAGCUAAAGAUUAUGAAAAUCAACUAUAUGAAGAUUUACUAUUUGAUUAUAAUAAAAUUCCUAGGCCUGUUCGAAACAGUUCUGAUAUUAUGACUGUUGAUGUAGGAGCAUCAUUAAUUCGUAUCAUUGAUGUAGAUGAAAAGAAUCAAGUGUUAACAACGAAUCUAUGGCUAGAAAUGAAAUGGGCAGAUGCGAAGCUGACAUGGAGCCCGAAGAAAUAUGGUGGAAUCAAGUAUUUGCAUAUACCCAGUGAUCUAAUUUGGACACCAGAUCUUGUACUUUACAACAACGCUGCUGGAGAUCCAGACAUAACCAUUUUGACAGAUGCCUUAGUCACACACAAUGGAUUAGUAUUUUGGUCGCCGCCGGCAAUCUAUAAAUCAUUUUGUCCAAUUGAUGUGACAUGGUUCCCAUACGAUUCGCAGUACUGCGUUAUGAAAUUUGGAACUUGGACAUACACUGGUCGAUAUGUGGACUUGAAACAAUUGCCAAAAGAAGACGUUAAAGUCAUACAAAAAGAUGGGGCUGAAGUUGAAUUCAUGGAAAGAGGGAUGGACCUAAGCUUCUUCUAUAGAUCGGCUGAAUGGGAUCUAUUGUCAUUAACAUCUGAACGACAUUCUGUUCUUUAUGCGUCUUGUUGUGGUCCAGAGAAAUAUGUGGAUAUUACUUAUUACUUCGGAUUGAGAAGAAAAACUUUAUUCUUCACAUGUAAUCUGAUUAUACCGUGCUUCCUCAUUUCCAUCUUGACUACUUUUGUAUUCUAUUUAUCCGAUCACAAGAUUACAUUCUCUAUCAGUAUUCUCGUUACACUCACUGUGUUCUUCUUGGUUUUAAUUGACCUAAUGCCUCCAACAUCUCUCGUUAUUCCAAUGUUUGGACGUUAUCUUAUUACAACUAUGAUACUCGUUGCUCUGUCAACUGUAGUAUCUGUUGUUACAGUCAAUUUCCGGUUCAGAUCGGGAUCAGCACACAAUAUGUCUCCAUGGAUUCAGUUAGUGUUUCUGAAAUUUCUUCCUAAAGUUCUCAUGAUGAAACGUCCAGAAAAACCUGAAAAGGAUCAACAACCCCAUCAAUGGAAGUUGUUUGAGCUUUCUGUGAGAAAAAAUCCAUCUGAUACGGAGAAAGUACAUCUAGAUAACGACAAAAAUCAAAAAUCAUCUGAAACAAAGGCUUUCGUUUCAAAGAAAGUUCUAAAUCACUUUUAUUCCGGAAAUUAUUGCUCCGCACCAACAGUUGCAUUCAAGAAAAGCAAGAAAACAAAGCAAACAAAGUACAUGCAUGAUGUAGUAUUUGUUAAUUUGCUUCAACAAGUUCGUUUCAUAGCUGAACACUUCAAGCACAAUGAAAUAGAAGGAGAGGUCUCAGAUGAUUGGAAAUUUGUUGCAAUGGUAUUGGAUCGACUAUUCUUAAUUAUAUUUUCUGUUUUAAAUGUUGGAACAAUGUUUAUAAUCCUAGAAGCUCCAUCAUUAUAUGAUAAUAGUCAAGCCAUGAAUAUAACAUUACCAACAAAGCCAUUAGGUCAACCAAACAUAUAUUCAGCUGUUCUUAAUUCAAUUAAAUAA